GAAAAACCUCUCUUUCUCUCUCUCCCCCCCCCCCCCCCCCCCUUCUCCCUCUAUGAGUAUGAAGAUUUGAGAUAGCAGAGUUUGGUGAACAGGUCUAUAUACUACUAAUUGGCUUUUAUUGUUGAACCACAAGAUAUAUAACAUUGAAAUGAUGGCAUCUCCGUCGGAGCUGAGCCUUGACUGCAAGCCUCAGAGCUACUCUAUUCUGCUGAAAUCGUUUGGAGAGUUGCAGGCCGAUCAGACGCAGAAGCUCGAGGACUUCCUAGCUCGCCUUGAAGAGGAACGACUCAAGAUCGACGUUUUCAAGCGCGAGCUCCCCCUCUGCAUGCAGCUCCUCACAAAUGCUGUGGAGGCUUCAAGACAACAACUUCAAACCUUCAGAGCAAAUCAAGGGCCAAGACCCGUUCUUGAAGAAUUCAUACCCAUCAAAAAAUCAAGCUCCGAACGCUCAGAGAAAGCUUCAAACUUGUCGGAUAUGGCGAAUUGGAUGACAUCUGCUCAACUAUGGAGCCAAGCAAGUGAUGGAACCAAGCAACAGUCCACAGAAACAUCUCCAGAAAUUGGUUUCAGCGUUGGCUCCAAUCUGGCUUUGGAUAACAAGCACAGAAAUGGAGGAGCUUUCCUUCCAUUCUCCAAAGAGAGAAACUCGCCGAGCCCGACGAUGAGGGCUCUCUCCGAUUUGGCUCUCGCCUCACCGGAGAAAGGGAUAGAAGAGAAGAAAUGCUCAGAGAUGGAUAAUGGAAUUGCUUGCACAAGGAAAGAGAACGCCGGUGGUAAGCCGGCAACGGCGAAGAAUGAACAAGGGCAAGGAGGAAAUGUGGCGGCGGCGGAUUCGCAGACGGCCACCGUCACCACCACUAAUACUACUCAGACUCACCGGAAGGCAAGGCGGUGCUGGUCGCCAGACUUGCACCGGCGCUUUGUGAACGCUCUACAAAUGUUAGGCGGUUCUCAAGUGGCCACUCCUAAACAAAUCAGAGAGCUCAUGAAGGUUGAUGGCUUGACCAACGAUGAAGUUAAAAGCCACCUCCAGAAAUAUAGGCUUCACACCAGAAGACCAAUUCCCACCCCACAAGCUGCCGGUACACCGGCACCCCAGCUGGUGGUGUUAGGAGGAAUAUGGGUUCCACCGGAGUAUGCCACGGCGGCAGCGGCGGCGCACGGUGGGGCACCGCAGACCCUCUACAGUGCGCACCCGCCCACCCACACCGCCCCACCGCACUACGUCCCCCACGAAUUUUAUCCGGCACCACCGCCGGCGGGGGCCCACCACCAGUUCCACCCCCACGCUUUCCACCACCCGCUCCACAUGUACAAGGCCUCGUCUCAGCCCCACAGCUCGCCGGAGUCCGAUAUUCCGGGGGUCGGCGACCGGUCGGAGAGCAUCGAGGACGGGAAGUCGGAGAGCGGCAGCUGGAAGGGUGGCGACAGCGGCGGCGGCGGCGAGGAGAGAAAAGGGUUGGGCACGCUGCUGGGGGAGGGCGAAGAGAGCAAUGGAAGUGAAAUCGCUCUCAAGUUCUAGCAGUUCUGUAAAUUAGGUUAGAGCCUAGGAUUUCGGCUUAUUCUAUGAUCAGAGGGGUAAAAGGGUCAUUUGGAAAAGGGAAGGAUUUGUCGUUGUUUUGGUAUUCUAUCCAUUUGCAUGCUUUUUCUUCCUCUGUUUUGAUGAAAAAUUGAAAAUUGGAUUCA